AUGUCUGAAAGGGCGCGUCGGGAGAAACAGGCAAAACUAUCCAAGCUUGCAGAGCUCAAGCGGGCGCGCGAAGGUGGCGGGAGAUCAUACAAGGUCGAGGAGGAUGAUAGACUUUACGAUGAAGUCACGGAGGACCAAUACAAGAGCGUAGUGCGCGGUCGCCUUGCGCAGGACGACUUCGUGGUCGACGAUGGCGUCGGCGGCUACAUGGACACCGGCGUGGAUGACUUCGAGGAACCGGAAGCAGACGAGGAGAGUGAAGAGGAACGUUCUAAGAGCAAGGCCAAGAAGAGCAAGGCGGACGCAAAGGGCAAGACGAAGGCAAAGGUGAAGCCCCCGCCUCCCGCCGUGACUCCUUCCAUUGCUGCCUACCGUCCUGCCGUGUCCGCGGAGCAAGAGACAGACUUCAUGGCGUCUCUUCUAGGAGACAUGGACAACAUUUCGGCGAAGCCCGCACCAGUGAAGUCCCGCAAGCGCAAGCCAGAGCCAGAACCCGGGUACGAUGAUGGCGGCUCCUCUCCCAACCCCUUUACCAGCAGCUAUCGGACCAAAGCAAAGCCCACCGGGUAUGCCGAUGCCGACAAUUCCUCAGACGGCCCCUACGACGAUGGUGUCGGGGCGUCUAGCGGUGAUGACUAUUUCUUGAGCCCCAAGAAGAAGCCAAGGACGGAGGCUCCAGGAAUCACGCCGGCUAUCGAACGUAUGGGCAAGUUGGGAGUAGAGAGCGGCGGUGAAGACGCCGAUGCUUCGUUCGACGAUAUCGACAUGGACGCGUUCAUGGAGAUCGACGAGGACGAACUGGAGGACCUCAAGCCAAAACCAAGGGCGAAGAUAGAGGUCGAUGCUGAAGCUAAACCGCUGAAGCCACUAAACACGAACGCCGGUGGCAAGAAGAAGCUAGACGACACACCAUCCUGGCUGUCGAUAUACGACUCGCUAAAGGUCACAACCGACGACUCACUAGGUUCUGGGCCGACUACUCCUGCGCGUACCGCCGCGCCGACGAACCUCUCAGUCUUGGAGGAGGACGGUUCACUGCGCUUCUACUGGCUUGACUAUCUUGAGCACGACGGGAAGCUGUACUUCAUCGGUAAGACGCAGGACAAGAAGACCAAGACAUGGGUCUCGAUCAGCGUGACCGUCGAGAACCUCCAGCGCAACCUGUUCGUUCUUCCCCGUGAGCGCCGCAUGGAGGAAGACGAGGACACGGGGGAGAUGUACGAGACGGACCAAGUUCCCGAGCUGCCGGAAAUCUACUCGGACUUCGACCGUCUGCGGAGGAAGGCUGGGAUCAAGGCAUUCAAGGGGAAGUUCGUCAAGCGCAAGUACGCGUUUGGUGAGAAAGACGUACCACGGGAGGAGAAGCAGUGGCUGAAGGUGGUGUAUGGCUUCAACGAGCCACAACUGCCUAAUACUGCGUCCAGUCCUAACUUUUCGCGCAUAUUCGGGACAAAUACGAGCGCUUUUGAACUCCUCGUUCUCAAACGCAAGAUCAUGGGCCCGUGCUGGUUGCAGGUCAAGCACCCCGAAAUCGAUAACAAGGGCGUAUCAUGGUGCAAAGUGGAGGCCACCGUGUCCGAUCCGAAGGACAUCAACCCGUUCCCCGAAACAGACUCGGAUGCACCACGAGAGAUGCCCCCACUUACCGUCGUGUCGCUAAGCAUGCGCACGAUUGUGAACCACAGGGAGAACAUUCGUGAGAUCGUCUGCGCAACGGCUCGGUUGUGGACAAACCUGGACAUUGAUGGUACUACACCACCCGAAUCCCUCCCGUGCACUGUUCGGACAUUCGUCCGCCCUCUAGACCGAUUCCCGCCCAACUUCGAGGCCCGUGCGGGCCACAAUGGGAAGGGCGUCAUUUCCGCGAUGAAGAACGAGCGUAUGCUGCUCAACAACUUGCUCGUGACCCUGCAUAAGGCUGAUCCAGACGUCAUCGUCGGUCACGAAUUCCUCGGGGAUUCCCUGGACGUCUUGCUCCAUCGCAUGCGCGAACUGAAGGCCGACCACUGGUCACGUAUCGGCCGGUUCCGACGAUCUAAGUGGCCCAACAUUGGGCGACAGGGCACGAACAUGCGCUUCUUGAGCGGACGUUUGCUCUGCGACCUCGCCAGCGACGGUGCGAAGGGCAUGAUCACUUCGACAACAUGGUCGCUCACUGAGAUGUGCAAGACGCACCUGAAGAGUGAACGCCAAGAGAUUGACCCUGAUGAUACCGCUAGUUACUUUGACGGGAGCGUCAGCACGCCCGACCGCCUUCUGACGUUCGUACGGCACUGCGAGCUGGAUGCGCACUACCAGAUGGCACUUGCGGCCAAGGUCCAGCUCUUGCCCUUGACCCGGCAGUUGACGAACCUUGCCGGGAACUCCUGGAACAAGACCCUGAACGGAGGCCGUGCCGAGCGGAACGAGUACAUUCUGUUGCACGAGUUCCACCGGCUCAAGUACCUCUGCCCGGACAAACUGUACGGCAAGAAGGCCGCGACGGCAGUCAAAGCCGAGAAGGAGGACGAGGACGCGGAAGGUGCGGGCACGAAGGCUACGAAGGGCAAGCGGGACAAGUACAAGGGUGGUCUCGUCUUCGAGCCCAAGCGCGGCCUGUGGGACAAGUACAUUCUCGUCAUGGACUUCAACUCGCUGUACCCGAGCAUCAUCCAAGAGUACAACAUCGACUUCACGACUGUGGAGGCGGUCGAGGAUGAGGAUGGCGAAGAGAAGAUCCCGGAACCUCCGAGCUCGGAGGUUGCGCUGGGUGUUCUCCCGCGUCUCAUUGCAACACUCGUCAAUCGUCGACGACAGGUGAAGAGUCUCAUGAAGGACAAGAAGGCCACUGCUGGUCAAUUGCUCCAGUGGGACAUCAAGCAGAUGGCUCUGAAGCUCACUGCUAACAGUAUGUAUGGGUGUCUCGGAUUUGAAUACUCGCGGUUCUACGCCCGCCCGCUCGCCGCCCUCACGACGUUCAAGGGUCGUGAGAUUCUGACGCAUACUCGCGAACUCGCGGAGAGCAUGCAGCUCGACGUCGUAUACGGUGACACUGACUCGGUCUUCGUGAACUCGAACGUCACGGAUCUCGCCGAGGCGCUGAAGAUCUCAGCAGAGUUCAAGAAGGCAGUCAAUGACCGGUACAAGUUGCUCGAGAUCGACCUCGAUGGUAUCUUCCAGCGGCUGCUUCUUCUGCAGAAGAAGAAGUACGCAGCCGUCAAGGUCGAGGACGGCACGCGUACGUCGACUGAGGUUAAGGGUUUGGACAUGAAGCGCAGAGAGUAUUGUGCUCUGUCUAAGACUGUAUCACAAUUCGUCCUCGAGCAGAUCCUCUCCGGGGAGGCAACGGAGAACGUCGUCGAGAACAUCCACGAAUACUUGUCUACCGUCAGCGAGAACGUGCGUGCAGGCAAGAUCAAGUUGGACGAGUUCAUUGUCUUCAAGCGACUGGGCAAGAACCCCGAGGACUACCCUGACGCCAAGAGCCAACCGCAUGUGCAAGUCGCGUUGCGGAUGAAGGCAAGGGGUAUCACCGCCCGUGCGGGCGACGUCAUUCCCUACGUGUUCUGCCUCGGCGAGGGCGGCGAGUCUUCGAAGACCGCGCAAGCCGACAAGGCGAAGCACCCCGACGAAGUCCGCAGAGAAAGCGACAAGCUGAAAAUCGACUACGAGCACUACCUGUCUCAGCAAAUCCUGCCGCCCAUCGAGCGUCUGUGCGAGCCCAUCGAGGGUACCGACAAGUCGCGACUAGCGGAAUGUCUCGGCCUCGAUCCUAAUCGUUACCGUACAUCCGCCGGAGGCGAUGCCGAGGAACGGUACUUCGGGACCCUCGACUCGCUCAUGUCCGAUGCGGAGCGGUUCCAAGACACCGACCCGUUCGUUGUCCGCUGCCGGUCAUGCAAUGGCGACGUCACCUUCGCUCCAUUCGCCGACCGGGAGAAAUCGCCCAUCAAAUCUGCAGGCGUGAUGUGCACCCAAUGCCGUGGCGAACUCAGCGUCGCCAGCGUGCAGACACAACUUGAGGUGCAGAUCCGCACGCACAUCGCACGCUAUUACGAGAGCUGGACGGUGUGCGACGACCCGACGUGCGGGAACCGCACGCGCAUGAUGGGCGUAUAUGGCCGUCGGUGCUUGCGGCCUGGCUGCCGGGGUGCGGUCUCGUUCGAGUAUUCGGACGCGCAACUGUAUAACCAACUGCGAUACUACUUCUCGUUGUUCGAUGCGGAGAGGGCGAAGAACUCCGCCUCUCCAGCAACGAUAGCCGACAUCAAGGUCGUCGAAGGACUCCGAAGCGAGUUCCUCGAUAUGAUGAAGGGGACUGUGGACAAGUAUAUGGACCAGUGCGGGCGACGGUGGAUCCAGAUGAGCGCUCUUUUCUCUUUUAUGAAGCUGUGAGCUGUCUUGGAAUGCAGCGAUGUAACAUCUAUCGGGGAGAUGCAGUCAGUGGCAUCUGUACUAUUGUAGUUAAUGUCGUCGCUUUGUAUCGCUAUCAUGGCAACUGUUUGUGCAAUCCAGGAAUCUGAAAC